AUGUAUGGGUGGUCGUGUAAGCAUAUCUUUGUCGUGUUCAAAGAACUGAACAUUGAGGUUAUACCUCCUGCUCACAUCAGCUCAAGGUGGACGAAAUUUGCAUUUAGCAAGUCUAUGUUCCAUGUUGUUGACAACAUCUCAGAAGAAUGCGCCAAGAUAAAUGACAAAAAAAUAUUGAUGAAUAAGAUAUGGUCAGACGUACAUAUUUGCAUGGGAUUGGUUGAGACUCGAAUGGACCAACUGGAUGAGUUUUCUAAACUCAUUAGGGAGCAUAAGCGAACGCUCAUGGUCGAACGAAGGGGUGGUGUUUCAGCCAGGUUUGAAUCUUUUGUUGGGAUGUCUGUCCCACAAGAUAUACGCAUCCAACCUCCGGCACAAUCGAAAAACAAAGGGAGCGAAAAAAGGAUAAAGAGCGUCAAGGAGAAGUCAAUUGAAAAGUCGCAAAAGAAAAGGAGGCUAUCUAAGGCGUGUGGUGAGAGGGUAGGACACAAUACACGAACCUGCUGGAAAAAACAAUAG